AUGUCGUUUGGGCAAUCAGUUAGAGGAUUUCACAGUCAUAUGCGUAGGGUGAUUGUUGUUGAUGGAACUUUUCUGAAAAAUAAAUAUAAAGGAGUUCUACUUGUUGCUACAGCUGUAGAUGGUAACUCCAACUUGUAUCCAAUUGCAUUUGGAGUUGCUGAUUCAGAGAAUGAAGAAUCAUGGGAGUGGUUCUUCAGACAGUUGAGUGUGGUUAUUCCUGAUAGUAAAGACUUAGCUUUUGUGUCAGAUAGACAUGCGUCAAUUGCUAAAGCAAUCAGGGAUGUCUACCCACGAUCAAAGCACAGAAUUUGUAUACACUACUUGCUGACCAAUGUGGUUAAAUUCUUCAGGACAAAGGGGUUCACUGCCUUGGUCGAGAAGGCUUCAAAGGCAUAUAGGUAUAGUGAAUUUCAGGAACGUUUCACAGAAAUUGUUGCUAUCAGUCCGACACUUGGAAGAUAUCUACAAGAGGCUGAUGUGAGAAAAUGGGCUCGUUCUCUCUUCCCUGGAUCCAGGUAUGACAUCAGGACCAAUAACCCAGCCGAGUCGAUUAAUUCAGCUCUGAGAUCUCCUAGACAAUUUCCAGUAAUUCCUUUGCUAGAUAGUAUAAGAGAAAUGAUGACCCGAUGGUUCUAUGAGCGUCGCAUGUUAAGCUCCAAACAUAUUGAUCCUUUAACCGUUAAGGUGGAGAAAAAGAUUGAUAGGAGAAUCGUGAAGGCUCGAGGGUUUCAGGUUCAGAAGGUUGACAACUUCAGAUCACUUGUUAAAGGAGACAUAUAUGAUUGUCAUGUUGAUCUGGAAACCAGAACAUGCACAUGUGGGAAAUUUGAUUUAGGAAAAAUUCCAUGCAGACACGCCAUUCCUGCAAUUUAUUCUCGAGGUAUGGAAGUACACCGAUUUACUGAUGGCGUCUAUAGCACUGCAACGUGGAGAGCUGCCUACGCGGAAUCCAUUAAUCCCAUACCAGUUCCAGAGGCUGAAUGGAAUGUCCCAGAUGAGGUUAAACUUGCGAAGAUCUUACCACCAGAGUCAAGAAAGAGUGCUGGUAGACCAGUAAAGAGAAGGUAUGAAACAGUAGAAGACAAGAUUAGAUCUUCUCAAGGAUCAACAAAGAAGAAAAAGCACAAGUGCAGCCGGUGUGGUAUGGAGGGACACAAGAGAGGAACAUGUGAUAAACCUAUCUAG